UUCCUUCCUGAAAAUCUUCCACCACUAACAGUAAUCGCACGUCUUCAAGUUAUCGAUAACGACGGAUUAGGCAAUGUGGACGAGUUUUCGGUUGAGAAGUCCGGCAUUGGUAGCGAGAUGUACUCCGCCUCUAUUGUAAACGGAUCAUUAGUAGUGGCAGUCGCUGAAAAUGGGACACUCGAUCGUGAAAUGAUGGAGAGGCAUACGAUACACUUGACUGUUCAAGAUGCGGGAGGAAAUCAGGAUUCCGCUACACUUCACGUCGUGCUUCUGGACGUCAAUGACAAUGCUCCUCGCUUCUUACAAGAUCAGUACGCCAUGCAAGUGGUCGAUAACUGGCCCACAGGCAUAGUCGUCGACCGCCUGAAGGCUACAGACAUCGACGCUGGGAAAAAACGCUCGCUAUCUUAUUCGCUUGCGUCAGGAAGUUCGAAA